CAAGCUGCUCCCGCAGCGUGCCGCAGACCGCUAGGGCCGCCCAGGCCCUGGGCGCCCAGGGGGGAGGUCGGCCUGCAGCAUGGGAGCCGCCGCGCACCCACUGCGGUGAAGGGCGCGCCCGCGCGGCGACCUCCACGCCGCCGCCGAUGGCGCCGGGCAGCGCCAUGGGAGGCGGGCGCCUCCCGCACCCCCGGCGGUCUGCCGCGGCCGCGGCGGGGCUCAGCGCGCCGGAGGAGCUGCUGGCGAGGGCGCUGCCGCCGGGCGGCGUGCGACUGACGUGGUUCUUCGACGAGCUGCUGCUGGAGCAGCUGGCGGCGGGCUGCGCCGAGGUGUGCGGCCUCGUGUUCGAGGUGAGGCAGAUGUCGGAGGGCGCCCAAGGCCGAUUGCGGGUCCGCACCCACGAGUGCCCCUGCCGGCCGCCGCCGCCAGGCGGGGCGGUGCGCGAGCAGGUCUGCUUGCUGGACGGCUGCACGCCAGGCCGCGUCUACGAGUUCAGCGUCCGCGCGAGGGCGAACGUCCGCGGCGGUGGCCAGAGGAGGGCCGUUUGCACGGCGGCGGACUCGAACCAUGUCACGAUACGCGUCCCGUCCACGCCCCUCGACUCCCCCAUCGACUCGCCGCGGUCGGACGCGGGGCACCCCCGCGCCGCGGCGCGGGCGGAGCGCCAUCCCCGACGACGAGGACCCGCGCGCGAGGAGCCCGACGCCGCCCGCUGGGCCCUCGAGGCCGCGGUGGCCGCCGAAGGCGCCGCAAUUGCGGCGCCCGCUGCGGAAGCCUCCCAGCCGCUGCGAGCCCACGGCGCUGGCGGCCGCAGCCAGGGCCCCGCGCGGGCCACGCCCGCCGCCGGCCCGGAGGGGCACGCCGCCCGCCAGAAGAAGCCGGCGGAGGAGCGGCACAGGCCCGAGCCGAGGUGGCAGCUCCACGCCGACAGCCCGUCGCUGGAGCAGGGCCGCGGCGACCCGCCGGCGCAGCCAGACUCGGAGCCGUCGCCGGUGCCGAGCCUGCAGUGGCAGUGCCGGGGUGCGGGCCCGCCGAAGGUGCUGCGGUGGGCGGAAGAGCCCGCGCCAGCGCCCAGCCGCGGACAGGCGGAGGCCGCGCCGCCGUGCUGCC